CAAACGUCGUAGAAACUCUGCCGCCGCAGCUACCCAGUUGAUCAGGCAAGCCCUGCGCACUUGUGCACACCCCGACUUCUCGGCAUCGUGGCUACACACUUCAUUUGCCAUGUCGAACCGGCCGAUCUGUGGAUCAGACACGCCAGAUCCAUGGAUCGUGGCGGCGCACGGCAAAUUCUACCUCACCUUCACCCUCGGCAACCGAGUUGAGAUCUGGCAGUCAGCACAGCUCGAGAACUUUUGGGAGUGCCAGAAGAGUAUCAUCUGGCAACCAACGCCUGGCUCGCAGUGGAGUGCCGACAUCUGGGCACCCGAGCUUCACUAUCUCAAUGGGGUAUGGUACAUCUACACUUGCGCGGCCCCUCCAGGUGUCGGGAACCCAGGCCAUCGCACCGUGCUAUUGAAAUCCUCUAACCCGGACCCUAUGGACCCCAGCGGUUGGCAGUUCCUUGGUCCUCUGCAUGGGAUGCCCGAUCAUUGGGCUAUUGACGCGACGGUCUUCUCGGUCAACGGCCACGACCUUUACUGUUGCUGGUCGGGAUGGCCGCUCGGGGAUCACAGCGACACUCAGCAGGACCUCUUCCUCAUCAAGAUGGCAUCACCCGAAGAGGCCAUCCUAGAUACGCUUGUCUGCAUCUCUAAGGCGGAGCAUUCUUGGGAGCGGCCUGACGACGGGCGGCGAGGCGUGAAUGAGGGACCAACGUGGGUCAACUUUUCUGGGUUCCGCGGCAUCGUCUACUCGGCCCACGGGAGCUGGACCAGCGAUUAUAAAUUGGCCUUGUUGGCCCUGACCGGGCAGGACCCUCUGCGGCCAGAGAGCUGGACCAAGAGGCAGGCACCAUUGCUCGUGAGCGACCGGCACCGAGGCGGCCCCUUUGGUCCUGGUCACGCCAGCUUCCUGCCGAGCCCGUACAACGACGGACGGAUAUUCUGCGUCUAUCACGGGACUGAGAAGGAGGGCGAGGGCUGGAACAAUAGGAAGGCUCGAAUCAUGAGCCUGGGCCAAGAAUGCUUCGGACCCAAUGCCUCACCCGUGUGUUGCUCUUACCAGGGCGGUUUCCCGGGUGUCGGGCCUGCGGGUGGCAACACGCGCAAUAAGGUUGAAGACACGAUUGGCAAGAUUGUGGACAAGGCCCCUUUGCAGGUCCGAGGCCAGCUGCAGGGCAUGUUUGGGAAGGCUAAGAAGUUCUUUUAGUUGUUGUGGGCAUCCUCAACAACUCGAGAUUCGCAUCUUCAGUCAGGAACAAUCUCUUUGAUAGGAUGAAAGGCUUGG